AUGCCCCCAAGUAGCCGCCGCCUAGGCUCUUCACGCAAACCGCCAUCGACAAACAAGGUGCAGACGUCUUCAGCCCAAGGAGAAAAUACCGCGGCUGCUAAGAAGACACCUCGGCGAUCUACGCCAGAGACCGAAGAGGAUGACACAUUCUCUGCCCCGGCCUCGGGCAUGGAAAGCGAGCCUGUUUCCCCCAUCACGCCUCCACUCGAGGCAUACAUGGACGGCGCACCGAAAUACCGAUACCCUGCCCCGUUCAAAUCCACCUCGAAACCCAAACUCAAACCUACUUCCACUCCUACUUCCCUUUCUAACCCCUUUCCCCAAGAGCAAAAUGCACAACCAGCCGACACGAACGAACUCGUGCAAAAACUCCUCGAUAGCAUGGAAAUGCAGAAUCUGAUGCACGAAGAGCUCGCCCGCCUCGACCGCCAACUCGACCAACAAGCGCUCGCGCAUUCAUUUCAACGAACGACCAAAAACCUCGAGAAGAAACAACCCUCCAAAGCCCGCGAGUGGGUGAAACAUGCUAAAGAGAUCACCGCCAGACUCGGCGACACGGACAGCCAGGCCCGCUGUCUGUACUGGCUCGGCCGUAUCGACUGGUACGAAGGCCACGAGACAGACGCCUACUUCCACUUCUCUGAGGCAGCCAAGGAACUGUCCCGUAGUUGCGACGAGAUGCGCCACAUCACGACGUACCUGGAGUGGCUGCGUCCCGGGGGAGAGAAGGACAGGCGACGCGCAACACUGGCGCAGCACGGAUUCCAUCCUCCGCACGAGAUCACGUUCACGCACGUGAGCCGCAAGAAGGUCCCCGCAUCGUCCGCCCCGCCCCAUAGUAUGGAUUUCAACCGGUACUCGCGUCCCGGGGUGAAGCGCAAGCGCGAACACCUGGAGCCAGACGUGGCCAUCGCGCUGGGUCUGCCUCGCAAAAACGGCAGCCAAAAGCAGCGCGAGCCGCGCAGCAGGACCGUCAUGACGUUCGAGUCGGAUCGCCACGUCCACCCCGGUGACAAAGUGGACUGGGAUGCACCUCGACUGCACCAUCUGACCUAUGACUUCAGUUGGAAGCAACCGCAGCAGCUGCCGCAUCACCCGCCGUCCCAGAAUGUGUUCGAUUUCUGCAAGUAUCCGAAGAGCAGGGCGAGUCGGUUCCGGUCGCACAAGAUCUUCACGAAGCAGCCGUGGGAGGAGAAAUUGCCGAAGAGGACGACGAGAAGGACCAGAGCUGACGGUAAGACAGAUGUCACAAUGGCCAUGCUGACAGAGGAACUGAAUCCUACUCAGUAUCAGGCAUUGCGGUAUGGGUAUCGAAAGCGACGUUCAUAG